AUGGAGGCAAUGUUAGAAAAUGAUAAUCCUAACCUUACAGUUGAUAUAUUGGCUAAAAAUUUAAUAUGUAAAGUUUGCGAGGAUGAUUUAUCAUUAAAACAAAUAAAAAGAGAAAUCCAUUCAACGUUUACUAUUAAAUGUAAAAAGUGUGGUAUAAUAAAUCUAGUUGAUACAGUUCAUGUUUCUAAGGAUAACAGCAAGCGUGCAGAUAUAAACACUAAAGUUGUAUUUGGUGCCUUACAUGCAGGAAUUGGAUGCACAGCUUUGAAUGAAGUUUUAGCUUGUACUAAUUUACCAGGCAUUUUAAAGGAUUUGUAUAAACGCUAUGAAAGAGAAGUGGGACCUGCGAUAGAAGCUGUGGCCAAAGAAAGCUGAAUCGACGAUUAUGACAAACUAAUAAAUGAUCAAUUACAAUUAGAUAAUGAACUCCAAGAAGACUUAAUUGCCAAAGACACAUUUGUUGAGAAAGCAAAUAAUUACAAUAAAAUUGAUAUUACAGAAAUUAUCGACUGUGCAAAUGUAUCUCUCUCCGUGGGCAUCGCUGCAGAUAUUCCCAUCAUAAUUUCAAAUACACCCGACAAAGCUCAACAUGACGUACAUGUAGAAAAGUCUUCACUUUUGGAACCAAACUUUCAACAAAUGGGAAAUACACCAACGCCUAAAAUUAAAUCAGAUUCUAAAAUCAAGAGAAAUUCAAAUUUAGGAAAGAAUUGUCAAAAUUGA